AUGGAGAAUCACUAUUUAAAGCAUGAGAUAGAUUCAAGAGUUUACAAAGACAAUGCCCUCAUCAUGCGGCAAGCCCUAAACCCGCCACCCCUUCUCCUUUCCUCUCCAAGACCUAAACUCGUCGCCCCUUCUUUGCCCCGCCUCCUCCCUUCUGCCGCCCGCUUCCACCGCUCCGUUUCCACUACCACUCUACACCUCCGACUGCGCACUCGUAGGUCCUCCCUCUUCCCCCGCCUCUUCGCCUCUUCUGCCUCCGCCCCCGCCGUCGCAACCACCAUCUCCGUCGGAGACAAUCUUCCUGACGCCAACCUCUCCUACUUCGGCUCCGAUGGGGAGCUCCAGACCGUCACCAUCUCUGAUCUCACCAAGGACAAGAAAGCCAUCUUCUUCGCUGUCCCGGGGGCCUUUACCCCGACGUGCUCGCAGAAGCACCUCCCUGAAUUUGUGGAAAAGGAUGGGGAGCUGCAUGCCAAAGGCGUGGACACCAUUGCCUGCAUCUCGGUCAACGACGCUUUCAUGAUGCAUGCAUGGAAGAAGGAUCUCAACAUUAGGGACGAGGUUUUGCUACUCUCCGACGGAAACAAAGAGUUCACCCGGGCACUCGGGGUGGAGUUGGAUCUGUCAUACAAGCCCAUGGGCCUAGGCGUCCGAUCCCGGCGCUAUGCGUUGCUGGCAGAAGAUGGGGUUGUCAAAGUGCUCAACUUGGAGGAUGGAGGUGCCUUUACCUUCAGCGGCGCCAAGGAUUUGCUGAAAGUCCUCUAA